AUGUCUCUCUCCAAGCACAUCAACACCGACCGUCUUCUCGAAGCUGCUCGCGACAAAAGACCUGGCUCUCAUUUCACCUCUCUGACGAAUCAAAGCCACCAAACAUCGCUCUCACAUGCGUAUGGCGCUCGAUACGGUACCCAACCGGUUCCCAAAUUCCAGAUUCCCAGCAAAGGGAUCGACCCCGAUGCUGCCUACCAACUCAUCCACGACGAGCUGGCUCUUGAUGGCUCCCCCGUCCUGAAUCUUGCUUCCUUUGUGCACACCUGGAUGCCUCCAGCGGCCGACAAGCUCAUGAUCGAGAAUAUGAGCAAGAAUCUCAUUGAUAGCGACGAAUACCCAAUAACUCAGAUAAUUCACAAUCGAUGCGUAUCAAUUCUGGCGGAUAUGUGGCAUGCUCCAUCUUCUAAGAAUGCUAUCGGAACAGCAACGACAGGGUCGUCUGAGGCUAUCCAGCUUGGUGGCCUGGCAAUGAAGCGAAUCUGGCAAGAAAAGCGCAAAGCAGCUGGAAAGAGUAUCCACGAACCUGGUCCCAAUAUAGUCAUGGGCUCUAACGCGCAAGUCGCGCUCGAGAAAUUCGCCCGGUAUUUUGAUGUGGAGUGCAGAUUAGUCCCGAUUUCUGUCGAAUCCAACUAUCGACUUGACCCAAAAAAGGCUAUGGAGUAUGUCGACGAAAAUACAAUUGGUGUAUUUGUUAUACUUGGGUCGACGUAUACGGGACAUUAUGGUCGAGUCUAUCCCAUACCAGCAAUUUGCGCCGGUCUCACGUUCAGAGUAGAACCCGUGAAGGAAAUGUCAGAUCUUUUGGACGAGUACGAGGAGAAAACUGGCAACUAUUGGAUGGCGCGUCAGGGGGGUUUUGUCGCACCCUUCGCCACGCCCAAGCUAUUAUGGGACUUCAAAAUCCCCCGGGUCGUUAGUAUCAACACUUCUGGCCACAAAUUUGGUUUAGCAUAUGUUGGGGUUGGCUGGGUCGUGUGGAGGGAUAAAGAGCAUCUCCCGAAAGAUCUCAUUUUCGAAUUACACUACCUGGGGAGCGUGGAGUACAGCUUUUCGCUCAAUUUUAGUCGCCCUGCAGCUCCCAUCAUCGCUCAGUAUUUCAACUUCCUCUCGCUGGGAUUCGAAGGCUAUCGUUCCGUCGCUCUGAACGAUCUCAAGAAUGCGCGUUUACUUUCCCGAGCGCUGGAGAACAGCAAGUACUAUACCGUGCUCAGCGACAUCCAUCGUCCUGAACCCGCACGCUCUAUGGGAGCAACCAUUAAAGCUGUCGUCGACGCCGAUGAUGUCGAAUCCUUUUGCGCUGGAUUGCCCGUGGUAGCAUUCCGUUUCUCCGACAGCGUCAAAGAUGAGUACCCGGAAGUAUCUCAGAAAUGGAUACAAACUUUGCUCCGUGCCAAAGGCUGGAUUGUUCCGAACUAUGAGCUUGCGCCAGAUUUGCAGACUGUCGAAAUUCUCCGGGUUGUGGUCAGGGAAAGUAUGACUGAAACGCUGGUUGAGCGUCUGGUCAACGAUUUGAUCGAAAUCACUGAAGAUUUGUUGAAGCGGGACUCUUCCUCGCACUCGCUCGAUAUGCUAGGAUCUGUCCAUUCAGAGCACCAUUCCCAUGAACAAGUUCACGGCAGAUUGGAUGCUGGGCAUGGAAGCACUUCAUCGGGAACGUAUGCAAAAACUUGUUGA